AUGUUCACUUCAAGACUAUUUGCAAAACCAGCACUCAGAUGUACAGCGAGGGCCGGGAGAUCGAUCCGGAUAUCUCGGCUGGCAUCCACAACGACAAAAUCAGCGGGAUCGACCCGUGGUUCGACGUCCAAGGCACAGGUAUUGAAGUUGACGGGGCUUUUUUUCUUCGGAGCAGCUUUUGGAGCGACAUUUAUCGCAUUUAGAAUCGCCAAGGACCCGCCCACGUUUUUGUUCUCGUCACAUUCAACCACGAAGACAAGGGAGCUCACACCGCCAAAGUAUGGCAAGGCGGAGCCGGCAAUUGAGGAGUUGAAGAAGCUGUUGAGACCGGACCAGGUCAGUGUUUCGAAAAAUUCUCUCGACAGCCACUCGGACACUUACUUCCAGACGGAGCACCCGGCCCCGGGCGAGCGGCCAAUCGCAGUGGUGUACCCGGAGACGACGGAACAGGUCUCUGCAAUCAUGAAGGUGUGCCACAAGCAUCGGGUGCCCGUGGUGCCGUUUACAGGCGGCACGUCUUUGGAGGGUCAUUUCACGCCAACUAGACAUGGCAUAUCAAUGGAUUUGUCGCGGAUGAACAAAAUUCUCGCGUUGCACAAGGACGAUCUCGACGUGGUGGUGCAGCCAGCCGUGGGAUGGGAGGACUUGGGCGAACCCGGGCCCCGGUGCAUGCAUCGGCGGAAUGGUCGGCACGUCGUGCUCAGCACAAAUGCUGCCCGGUACGGCACCAUGAAGGAGAACGUGGUGAGUUUGACGGUUGUCUUAGCGGAUGGAACAGUCAUCAAGACGAAGAAAAGACCAAGAAAGUCAUCUGCAGGCUACAACUUGAACGGGCUCUUCAUUGGCUCAGAAGGCACUUUGGGGAUUGUCACAGAGGCCACGUUGAAGCUUAACGUGAAGCCGAAGUUCCAGGACGUGGCGGUGAUCUCGUUUCCCACCAUUGGCGACGCGUCGACGUCCGUUUCGCAGUUUGUGCAGAGCGGACUGCAGUUGGAUGCCAUGGAGCUUUUGGACGGCAACAUGUUGAAGUUUGUCAAUGAGAGUGGCGAGGUCAGCAUGAAGUACAACGAGAGUCCCACGUUGAUGUUGAAGAUCGGCGGGAACUCGAAACCAGGGCUUGAUGACACGAUCAAGGCGGUUAGAAAGAUCUGCAGCAACAACCACAACACGGAUUUCAAGUUUGCCGAGUCCGACGAGGAGAAGUUCGAGCUCUGGAACGCUCGGAAAACAGCAUUGUGGUCUACAAUCUCGUAUGGCCAGGAGCACAUCGGCAAAGACGUCCAGUUGUGGACCACAGACGUCGCAGUUCCCAUUUCGAGACUUGCAAAGUCGCUCGAGGACACGAAGAAGGAUCUCGCGGAGUCGAAACUCACCGCGUCGAUCGUCGGCCACGUCGGCGACGGAAACUACCACUGCUUCAUUCUCUUCAAGAAGCAGGACAGAGCCAAAGCUGCUGCUGCUGUUGAGAGGAUGGUUACCCGGGCAAUUCAGGCCGACGGAACUGUCACAGGUGAGCAUGGCGUUGGAAUCGGCAAGAGGGACUAUUUGUUGCAGGAGGCCGGUCCCGAUACAGUUGCUGUAAUGAGGCGGAUCAAGAUGGCUUUGGACCCAUACCGGAUCCUCAAUCCGGACAAGGUUUUCCCGAUUGACCCGACUGAGGGGGGCUUGGCCAAGAGGAAGUGA